UGUCUUGUCAAAAGUUGUAAACGUUGUCAAAUCGAGCAAGUCGAAAACAAUUUAUAAUUUUUCGCUGCAAAAAUGGAUUUCUUUUCCUCUAUUCCAACACAUAUUGACUAUGUCGGUCAAGCCAAAGCUGAGAAGUUAUAUCGCGCCAUCAUAACCCUAUUCAGCAUCGUCGGUUUUGUUUGGGGCUACAUUGUACAGCAGUUUUCACAAUCUGUGUACAUUUUGGGUGCCGGUUUCAUCCUAGCUGCGAUCCUCACCGUGCCACCGUGGCCCAUGUACCGCCGCAACCCGCUGAACUGGCAGAACCCGAAGAAUACUGAAGAGAAGUCCACCACUGGCAAGAAAGGCAAAAAGUGAUACUUCUGUGACUGGUUCUUGGUUGUAUAUUUAUGAUUGAUCUUUUAUUGUAUGUGUUAAAUAAAUAGCUUUAAGGAAUAA